CGGCCGUUCGAGAAAUGCCUGAAGGUUUAAUUUAUGCGCAAGCAGUGACAGUAGAUUUAAAAGUCCUAGAUACAACGGAUCGAGAUCUACCUGAUACAGAAUGGCCAGUCCAAGAAUUAUCAAUAUCAACGACGGAUAAUGAGAAGAAUACUAAGCAUACAUCAGGAGAAUUGUUAGAAAUGAGUUUUGAAAAGCCGGAUAAUCGAUCGGAAUGGCAGGUGUUAGAAUCGGAGAAAAGUAUAUGUUCAGAAGAAAAGACAAUAAAGAAUCAGGAGGUAAAAGAAGGAGCGUUAACACCGCCAUAUUCGAAUAACAUAUCACCACAAGUCAAGUCGGAAUCAUCACCGACUAGGGUUUCAAACGAAGAAUUAGUAGAAUCAGUUGAAACACAGGCGGAGGCCGUAAAAGUCGUGAAUGCAGUAGAGGGAGUAGAGGCAGUAGAGGCAGUAGAGGGAGUAGAGGGAGUAGAGGGAGUAGAGAUACAAGUGGAGCCUAUGGAAACAGUGGAGGUAGUGGAAGCGGUGGAAACAGAGGCGAAGGCCGUAGAAACGCAAGUGGAGGCUGUAAAAUCAGGAUCAAUAGAGGUAUUAGAGCCAUUGGAACCGUAUGAAACGCAUUUUGGGGCGUCAGAGACGCCAUCUAAGCGUAUACAUCCGGAAGAUACGUUAUGUGAAAAAGUAGAAUCGGUCGAGAUGACGAAUGAACAAUAUAAAUUUGCAUUAUCGAUAUUACGUCAAUUACGAAGGAAUAGGGAUGCGCGGCCGUUUAAUCAGCCAGUGGAUCCUAUAAAGCUGAAUAUUCCGAGCUAUCCGACAAUCAUUACGCAUCCAAUGGAUUUUGGUACAAUUGAUAAAAAACUUUCGUCUAAGCAAUAUGAAACAGUGGAUGAAUUCAAAAAAGAUGUUGAAUUAGUUUUUACGAAUUGUUUUACAUUUAAUGGAGAAGAAAGCCCGAUUUCUAUAAUGGCAAGGAAUUUAAAAAAUAUUUUUGGCAAGCAAAUAUUGCAAAUGCCAUCUGUAGAUUAUGUUCCAACACCUAAACCAUCGAAAGUGAGAAAAAAAUCAUUGUCAUCGGAUACCGGAUUAGGAGGGAAUCCAGCGAUUCAUCGUAAUUCAUCAGCGAUUACGGAUCGACCGCGACGUGAAAUUCACCCUCCACCCCCCAGAGAUUUACCUUAUAAUGAAACGAAGCCUCAUCGAAGAAAAAAUGCCGCACAAUUGCAAUUUUGCAGAAAUGUUAUUAGAGAAUUACAAAAAAAGACACACGAGAGUUACGCCUUUCCUUUUUAUCGUCCAGUUGGUAUUUCUACGAAAGAUCCUGUUGCAUUGAAUAUUCCUGAUUAUUAUAAGAUCGUCAAGCAUCCUAUGGAUAUGUCGACUAUUCAAGGAAAAUUAAAUAAUGUUUACAAUACGGCUGAUGAGUUCGAAAGUGAUAUUCGGCAAAUGUUUAGGAAUUGUUAUAAAUUUAAUCCAGUAGGAACUCCUGUAUAUAAUAUGGGUAAACGUCUUGAAGCGGUUUUUGAUAAAAAAUGGCAAGAAAAGCCAUCAGAGCAUCAUUCAUAUUCAUCGGAUGAGUCGGAUUCAGAAUCUGAUGAUGUUGAUGAUAAUGAAGGAAUUGCAUUAUUGGAAAAACAGCUUGCAAUGAUGUCUGACCAAUUGAAUGCGAUGAGAAAUAAAAGGACUAGCCUUAAAACGAAAAAUAAAUCGGGAAAAUCGAAAAAAGGAAACUCGAAAAAGUCAGGUUAUCGAAAUGAAGAACGCUUGCGUAUUCUAUCGUUUGAUCAACGAUCAGAAUUAGCACAAAAAAUUAAUCUUCUUACUGGUAGUAAGCUUGAUACAGUUUUACGCAUUAUGAAGGAAUCUAUGCCGGAAUUAGAGGAUCAAACGGAUGAGAUUGAGCUAGAUAUUGAUUCAAUGACACCCCGAACUCAAAGUCGGCUUUGGAACUUUGUAAUUCUUAAUCAACUUCCAAAUACACCUAUUGGUCCUGCUAAAGCAAAACCUAUUGCUCCUAAAAAAAAUCGUACUGUUUUAUCAGAGGCAGAACAAUUACGUCAGAUAAAACAUUUAGAACGGCAAUUAUCGAGAUUCGAAGAUAAAGGAAAUGGCAAAUAUAUUUCAAGUAAUUCUGGUACAGAGGAUUCCUCUUCUGAAACUGAAUCAAGUAGCGCUGAAGAUUAA